CUAUACACUGUAUCCGUACAGUGUGCACAGUAAUGUACUAGGUACGGAAGAAAAGACGCUGGUAACUUCAAUGGUCUCCGAUCGACCCUCCUGCCAACCGUGUCACCGGAAUCGCACUAUCAACAUCCUCUGAAUUUCAAUCCUCCUCCUUCUCCUUCCAUUCCCAAUCCAGCCGCAUGCCCGCGCCAACUCAUCGCGAUCCAUGCGCUCCUUCGGCCCCAUUGCCAACCCCUCCACUGCUCGGAUAUUCCCCUCUCGCCUCUGCUCGUCAUUGGACCACGACUGCAAUCCUCCGCCCUGAAACACGCCAAGUGGCCUUCCUCCGCUCCCGUUCUGAACCGAUUAAGUUGUCCCAUCAGACGCUCGGAACCGUUCGCUUGCAGGCAUCACGGUCGCUCAUCUCGAGUCGGGCAGAAUCAGCGCCGCGAGGGCCGGCCAGCCCGCUCGUGGGAUCUAGAUCCUGCACUAAUCGCCACGCCGCGCGCACGAUCUUCCCCCUGGCCGUUUCGGUUGGGUGCGAUCAUGACAUCUUUCGGAUUCUUUGUCCUCGAUUUCUGCUGUCUCUGCCUGUUGUGGUGAUCCGCGUAGAUAGCGCGCCGUUUGACCUCUCACCAGACUCGCUGCAAGGAACAAGCAUGCAGGCGUAGCACGGGGCUGCCAAUGGCCGUCCCGUCUGAUUGCAGGACACCCAGCGUGAACUCCAUGCCUAAGCAAUGGGGAUGCUUACAGCAACUCGCCCGCAUCGGGAUAUCGCAAAUCGGCGUGCUCCUCCAAAAACGCCAUCCAGCGCUU